GAGAGAUAUAGAUAGAAGGGAAAGAGAGGGAAGAAAAAGGCAAACCAUGUUGAGAAAAUAGAGAGAGAAAGAGGAGAAUAUAUGAGAUAAUGAGAAACUAUGAUAAUGGCUAUAUACAAGGGUCGUCAUCACCUCUAUAUCUGAGCUUCUAUUUCUAAAUAAUAUAUAUGUCUUUCUUCCUAGGUUUGUAUUUUCAUGGCAGACCAUGUUGGCCAUCAGCUCCUCUUGUUCGCCAUCCAUGUUCUUUCUUUCUUUCUUCCUGUUGAUUCUUUAACAGCAUAGUUUCAGCUUGUUCCCAUAACCGAAUCAGUAUCUGAGAAGCUGGUGAGCAAAAGAAGCAUAAACAAAGGAACAGCAAAGUUGGAUUUAAAUGGCUGGAGAGCUGUGUGAAGAUAAAUUAAGGAAUAUUGUCUCGUCUACUGGUUUUUGUUACUCGGAUGUUUCAUCUGGUAACUCGACCAUGCAAACUCAUAUGGCGAGUCAGAUCCAUGGGUUUGAAUCCAACCCAGAGAUGUUUAAUUUGACAACAGGCAUGGAGAUGAUAGGGUUUUCCAAGCAAGGUGACACCAACAUGGCUAUGUGGAAAGGGUUCUUCAACAAACAUGGGAACAACACAUCAGGCCCUUCUUCUUCUUCUUCCAAGGCGGUCAAUGAGUCAACCACCGAUUUCUAUCAACAUGAGUUUCACAAGCCCGAGUUCACAACUGGGUCAGAGAAUCUGAUAGUUGGACCAGAGCCAUCUACUUGGCAAGAAAACAGGUUGCUUGUUGAUGAUUCUUCUUUGAGGUGUGUGAUUCCUUGUGAAGGAAACGAGAGGCCAAGUCAAGGUCUUUCACUCUCUCUUUCAUCGAGUAAUCCUACUAGUCUCGGGUUGCAGUCUUUUGAACUCAGGCAAACCAGCCAUGGUAAUCAUGACCAGACUGUUGGUUUCUUUGAAAAGCCUGCAAAUUUGCACCGUCAAGGGCAGUUCCAACUGAGGAGUUCAAAGUACUUGGAUCCUGCUAAGGAACUUCUGAAUGAGUUUUGCAGCCUGGGAGUAAAGCAGUGUGAUAUUUCAAAGCAAAAACAGACCCGUAAGAACAAACAGUGGGAUGAUGAUGAUGAUGGAGCUAAUUCUUCAAGGAAGCAAUCCCUAUAUUCCCUUGACUACUCCGAGUUGCAGAGAAGAAAAACCAAGAUGCUUUCAAUGCUUGAAGAGGUGGAUAGAAGAUACAAGGUUUACUGUGAUCAAAUGAAAGCCGUUGCAUCUUCGUUCGAAGCGGUAGCUGGCACCGGGGCUGCAUCGGUCUACUCGGCGUUAGCCUCUAAGGCCAUGUCGAGACAUUUCAGAUGCUUAAGAGAUGGGAUCGUGAGACAGAUUCAGGCCACGAGGAAGGCCAUGGGAGAAAAAGACACGGUUGCACCGGGCACAACGAAAGGCGAAACACCGAGGCUAAGGAUCCUGGAUCAAGCUUUGAGGCAACAAAGGACAUUUCAACAAAUGAGCAUGAUGGAGAGUCAUCCAUGGAGACCCCAGAGAGGUCUACCGGAAAGAUCUGUUUCCGUUCUCCGAGCUUGGCUGUUCGAGCAUUUUCUUCACCCGUAUCCGAGUGAUGUUGAUAAACAUAUUUUAGCCCGCCAAACCGGCCUCUCAAGAAGCCAGGUAUCCAACUGGUUCAUUAAUGCUAGAGUGAGGCUAUGGAAACCAAUGGUGGAAGAAAUGUACAUGGAAGAAACAAAGGAACACGAUAACAACAUGGUCUCCUCAGAUAAUGGUGUUACUGACGGUGAUGAUGAUAAUGGCCGGUUAAUUAUUCCACUCGCCGAUCAGAAACCCACCCCGGACCAGCUCGUUCGAGUUGACUCGGAAUGUCUGUCUUCCAUCAUCACUAACCCUGAUAAAAACGAUCCGAGAAGUGCCAAAACCGUCGAAAACCAGCAAUUGCAUCAUUAUCAGCAGCAGCAACAACAAAGUUUCGGAUCCUAUGGUGCCAUGGAAUGGGACUUCGCAUCCUACGGUCAUCACGCGGCGUGCCGGGUACCGCUUCACAACGCUAAUCAAAGUUUCAACGGCGGCGGCGGUGGCGGAGGUGUGUCGUUGACGUUAGGGUUGCAACAACAUGGUGGGAAUGGGUUGAGCGUAGCCUUCUCUCCCGUAUCACAAAAUUCACUGUUUUACCCUAGAGACCAAAUGGAAGACAUUCAACCGGUGCAGUACUCGCUUGUAGACGGAGAGGGACAGCAUUUGCCUUACAGGAACUUGAUGGGGGCACAACUGCUUCAUGAUUUGGCCGGAUAAAUUGAUGGAAAUGGCAGUAGAUAAGUAGUUUAGCAGGUGGCAUAGAUAAAAAACACUGAAUACAUAUAUUAUAUAUAUACAUAAUGCUACACUUUUGUUCAAUGGCUGGUGGCUCUUUCCAAUUUUAAGAACAUAUUUAUUUUAAUUUGCAAGGUUUAAUUUGGGAUUUUUCCAAUUAUUGAUU